AUCAUCAGCCAUUCAUCCCAUGGUGGAUGGACUAUAUAGUCUAUGGAGGUCCACUUUGACGGAACACAACCGCACCAGCAACAGAAGGCUGUUGCAACAACAGAACUCAACUGAACCAAGAUCACUCAAGAACUGUGCAAGUAGUUAGGAAUCUGGUAGUGUAGUUUUCUUACAGCUGAAACUAUAGAUAGCAGAGUAGAGAACGCCUCCUGUACAUGUAAUUUUCUCUCGAUAUACAAGAACUAAAUUUGCAUUCUCCUGAUACAAACUUUCCUUCAAAAUGCUUCCCAACAUAUAUACAAAUGUAUGUAAUAUGUGUGUCAACUGAAAGAUAAAGAUGGCCAGCCGUUUAGCCGCAACACUGCACCAGAGGCUCCCAAUUUUGGCGGGUGUUUGUACAGCUUCAGUUGCUUUUACUGUUGAUUCUGUUCCCCGUUUCUCAAAAUCGCUCAAGAAGUUGAAGGGCAAAAGAAGGGUGGUGCCCCGUCGCUUGCUAUUGGGACUGGGAGCUUCAUUUUGGGCUCAGUUUGUGAGCAUGUCUGGGUCGGGUGGAAUUGGUGGUAAAUUUUUGGUGGCCUCUGCAAGGCAACAGGGUGCUUCUUCCCCAGUUGAACAGAUUUUGAAGAAUGUGGAAUGGCCAGAGCAAUUUCCCUUCAAGGAGGAGGAUUUCCAGCGCUUUGAUGAAACCCCAGAUUCAAUAUUUUACGAGGGGCCACGCUUUGUGACACAUAUUGAUGAUCAAGCCAUUGCUGCACUAACCAAGUAUUAUUCCAAGGUUUUUCCCCCUAGUAACACUGCAGGAGUGAGCAUCCUGGACAUGUGCAGCAGCUGGGUCAGCCAUUUUCCAGCAGGAUACAAGCAGGAUCGGGUGGUAGGAUUAGGGAUGAAUGAAGAAGAACUGAAGCGGAACCCAGUUCUGACAGAGCAUGUUGUGCAAGACUUGAAUGUGAACCCCAAGCUUCCGUUCGAAGAUAAUUCGUUUGACGUCAUUACUAAUGUGGUUAGUGUCGACUAUCUGACCAAGCCUAUCGAUGUAUUCAAGGAGAUGUGUCGGAUUCUUAAACCAGGCGGACUGGCAAUAAUGAGCUUCUCCAACCGCUGCUUUUGGACAAAGGCAAUCUCAAUAUGGACGUCAACUGGCGACGCUGAUCAUGCUUUGAUUGUAGGGUCUUAUUUCCAUUAUGCUGGAGGAUUUGAACCUCCUCAGGCUGUGGAUAUAUCUCCCAAUCCUGGGCGCUCAGAUCCGAUGUACAUUGUAUAUUCUAGAAAGUUGUCUACAGCAUAACCAAAGAGCAUUUCGUUGAGGAUGUGAGAAUUUGUUUUCUUUAACUGUGGCAUAAUUUUGUGGAAAUGGUUAAGCAUUGAUAAAGCUUUUGUAGCUCAUGAACUUCGGAGUUUUCACUCUGAAUACCUAUGAAUUCAUAGAGAUGAUUCCAUUUUGGAAUAACUGUUUUACUACA